AGAAAGAGAGAAAGAAAACGCACCCAUCCAUUUUUUUUUUUUUUUUUUGUUUGUUGGUUUUUCUAAUUCGUCUAUAUUAUCAUCCCUCGUUUCGUGUCGCUUUUUGGCGGUUUUAAGGCUUUGCAGUUUCGAACAUUCGCUCGAAUUUCUCUCACUCUCUCUCUCUCCAUCGCUCACUCACAGAUUGUCUGAGCUUACAGAUCGGAGAGUUUGAGGUCGCUGGGAUUUACUUUUACCGAUGAAUGAGGCACAAUGAGCCAACUGAUGCAUCAUUGAAACUGUCAUUUCAAGCUUAAGAGGAUAAAUGAUAUGGAUAAACAAGCACAUUUUCAUAAGAAGGUUGCUAACAUGAAAUGCCAGAGGGUAAAAAAAGAAGAAUCAUUUGUUUCUGCUUUAGACGAUGAAGCGAUUGAAGUUGAGAACUUACUUGCGGAACCAAAAAAUGAGCAUGUUUCAGUAGAUGGUGUCCUGAGCUUUGGUGGGGAGAAUCUGGGAAAAGGCUUGCAAAUGGAUGAUUUCUCCUGUGGAUUUGAGUAUGGACUAAGAACAAAUAGUGGUGGGUUGGAUUCUAAUACUACUCAGGAAGGAGAAGAUUUACAACUUGAAGUUCUUGAUGGAUUUCUGGAUGAAGUUGAGGAAGUAGAUGAUCUGGAAGCGACACAUGGUCUCUCCAAUGCAUGUGAAGAUUUUCUUCUGGACAUUGAAUUUGAGAAAGUUGAAUUGAUUUCUGGUCCUCGUGUGGGAUCAUACGUGGGAAACUCAAGCUCGGAGAGUCAGUCUCCUGGAUUAAGUGGAAGUAGUAAUGGUGCUGUAGGGAUUUCAGAGUCAUCAACAGUGACUAUUCCAACAUCCGAAUGCAAGAAUGGUGCUAUUAACAAGGCAUUAACCUGUGAGUUACAUGGUGGCUUCAGGAGCAAAUGUGGAUGUCAAACACCAGCUGAAGGCCUUGCUUCACUUGAAUUAAGGAAAUUUGAUGACUUUGAUAAUGACGAUAAGAGCUUUUUAGAAGCGAGCAAGAUUGGUGGAGUUCUUAGAGAGAAGAGAUUGCGUAAGCCUACUAGGAGGUACAUUGAAGAAGUUCCAAAUAAAAAACCGAAAUGUUUGAAGGGAAGAGAAAAAUAUUUGGCUGCUGCUACAAAAGAUACAAGUCUGAAGGUUAGAUCUCAUAGUGAACUUCAUAAUGUGAGACGUAGAGCAUUAACAGUAGUUCAUGGGGAGAAACCUUUGCGUGUUGCUAGUAUUCAGUCAGUGUCUGAAGUUCGGGCACGGAGGGGACGGCCAAAGAAACAGGCGACAAAACAGGCGCCAAUUUUGCUGCCUGAAUCUGAUGAGGAACCUCUCUCAUCUGAGUCUGAAGAUGACCGUGUGACAAAGAAAAAAUCUAAAAAGCAUGAUCGGAGAAAGCAUCAAAGGAUGUGGACCCUUUCCGAGGUGAUGAAGUUGGUUGAUGGUAUUUCUGAUCAUGGAAUAGGCCGAUGGACUGAUAUAAAGAGGAACCUGUUUUCAGCAUCUGCUUAUCGCACUCCUAUUGAUCUCAGGGACAAAUGGCGAAAUCUUUUGAGAGCUAGCGGUGCACAAAAAGCAAGCAAAAAAGGGGUUGAGCAGAAGCAGGAGCAUGCCUUGCGUCCCUUACCAACUUCUUUGCUAAAACGAGUCCGUGAACUAGCCAAAAUUCAUCCAUAUCCAAGGGUGCGCAUGUCAAAGAAAUCAAGUCUAGGUCAAGUUGCCCCUCUCAUGCUUCCUGGGCCAAGUAAAGGUGCACCAUCUAAUCUUGGCGGAGGAAGAACUGUACGUAGGAAGAACUGUACUUGAAGGACCAUUUCGCCAUCUGCAGUAAAGCAAUAGUCAGGAAUAUUAAAUUAAUUUUUAGUUGUAAAAAUCUGCAUUUUGGAUUACAAAUCUUGUUAGCUAUGCUCUGCACAUAAACAUCUAAUUCUCGGAUCUUCUCAAAACUCUGGUUAGAGAAUGUGAUGUAUGUUGCAAAAGUGUCUAAAAUUUCCAUUGUAAUAGAUGCUAGCAACUAACUGAUAUGCUUAAACAAUAGUAGUUUAUCUUUGACAAUUCGAAACCCCAUGCACGGCCUGAUGUUCUUAACGGCCUUGGUUUAAAGGGUCGAUUAUGUAAAAAGUCUUUUUCUCUGAUUUAGAAUUAUUAUUGCUGAUGA